CUCAGCCAAGCCGAGCCACACCUUCGCUCGUCGCCACCAUCUUCGUAUCACCUGUAUCCUCCUCCUCCUCCUCGCCACAAAGAUGUCAUCCUCAAGAGGAGGCAGUCGAAAGGAGACCAAGUACGUUAGCGAGCUGCCAAUGGACGUCGACGAUGCUGGCAGCUCCGAUGAGGAAGGCUCCUCCUCCAGACCUAGGAAUCCCCUCGAUGCCUAUUCUGCCCCGAGGCACCUCCUCCACGAGUACGCCGACGAGGACGAGGAUCCCCUCGCUCAGAGUGCUCAAUCUCGUCAGAUUGCAGCACGAGAGAAUGACUACAAACUCAGGAGAUUCAAUCGAGAUGCUGGACCUGAAAAGGGAUCAGAUGCAUUCGAGGCUGGAGAGCAGGGCGAAGGAGGCUACAAGGAGGCCAUGAGGCGGGCAGAGAUUGAGAGAGAGGAGGAGAGGGUCAGGAGAGUCAUCGAGGCUAGGGAGAAGGAAGCAGUGGAGCGGUCAAGGGGUGGAUUAACAGACGAUAGAGAUGUCACACCACCUAGAGAAGAUGUGAAGCCACAAGGAGGAGAUACUACACCCAAGAUGGAACGGAAGAAGAGAAGGUGGGAUGUGGGACCUCCUAAGGAAGAGGAGGAAUCAUCUGCCCAGACCAUCAAGACCGAAGUGGAUGAAGCACCGAGGAAGAGGAGAUCAAGAUGGGACGAGGCUCCCCCGGCAGAUGGCGAUGCAGCAGCAACCGAGCCGGUCAAGAAGUCUCGUUGGGAUCAGACCCCAGCUCAAGCCGAGGACUUUGGGGCCCUAGAUGCCCAAAAAGCAGGCAUUGGAAUGAACGGAACAUUCGCGCUAGACCCACGUAACAGGGGUCUCAGUGACGAAGAGCUCGAUCAGCUCCUCCCUUCUGAAGGCUACAAGAUCGUUGAGCCACCUCCCGACUAUGCUCCCAUCAGAACGCCUGCUCACAAGCUCAUGUCUGCACCGGCUGCAAUGGGUGGAGGCGGCUUUAUGAUGCAAGAUGAAGCGAGUGCAAGAGCUGCCGUCGAGGAGAUGAUCCCAGACCUGCCAACCGAUAUUCCUGGAGUUGGUCAGCUUGCCUUCUUCAAGCAAGAGGAUCAAGUCUUCUUCAAGAAGAUCUUGGAGGACGAGGGAGAACAAGAGCUUUCGCUGGAGGAGCUCAAAGAGCGAAAGAUUAUGAGGCUCCUGCUAAAGAUCAAGAAUGGUACACCACCGAUGCGAAAGACGGCGCUGCGUCAGAUUACCGACAAGGCGCGAGACUUUGGAGCCGGUCCGCUCUUUGACAAGAUUCUGCCUCUGCUGAUGGAGCGUACAUUGGAGGACCAGGAGCGACAUCUCCUCGUAAAGGUCAUUGACCGCAUUCUUUACAAGCUCGAUGAUCUUGUGCGGCCCUAUGUGCAUCGUAUCCUCGUCGUCAUUGAGCCUUUGCUCAUCGACGAAGACUACUACGCCCGUGUCGAGGGUCGUGAGAUCAUCUCCAAUCUGUCCAAGGCUGCCGGACUUGCCCACAUGAUUUCGACUAUGCGACCCGACAUCGACCAUGUGGACGAGUAUGUGCGAAACACCACUGCUCGAGCGUUCUCUGUGGUGGCCUCGGCUCUGGGUAUCCCAGCCCUGUUGCCCUUCCUCAAGGCCGUGUGCAGAUCGAAGAAGUCAUGGCAAGCAAGACAUACCGGUAUCAGAAUCGUGCAGCAGAUUGCCAUUAUGAUGGGAUGCGCCGUCUUGCCCCAUCUCAAGAACCUCGUCGACUGUGUGGAAAAGGGACUGGAGGACGAUCAGCAGAAGGUGAAGACGAUGACUGCCCUCGCUCUUGCCGCUCUGGCAGAAGCUGCAGCACCAUAUGGUAUCGAAUCCUUCGAGAAUGUCCUCAAGCCUCUGUGGUUGGGCACUCGUCAACACCGAGGUAAAGGGCUCGCUGCUUUCUUGAAGGCCAUUGGAUUCAUCAUCCCAUUGAUGGACUCGGAGAGUACCCUCUAUUUCGUGAAGGAAGUAACUCCUACCUUGAUCCGCGAGUUCCAGAGCGCGGAUGAAGAGAUGAAGAAGAUUGUCUUGAAGGUAGUCAAGCAAUGUGCUGCCACUGAUGGAGUCACUGGUCAAUUCCUCAAGGAGGAGAUGUUGCCCGAAUUCUUCAAGCACUUUUGGGUGCGAAGGAUGGCUCUCGACCGAAGGAACUACCGUCAGGUAGUGGAGACAACAGUAGCUUUGUCGCAAAAGACUGGUGUGACAGAGGUGGUUGGCCGGAUCGUCAAUGAGCUCAAGGAUGAGAACGAGCCAUUCAGGAAGAUGGUCAUGGAGACCAUUCAGAAGGUCAUCGCAUCGCUCGGUGCUGCCGACAUUGAUGAGCGACUCGAGAUCCAGUUGGUCGACGGUCUGAUCUACGCCUUCCAAGAGCAAACAGUCGAAGACAACGUCAUGCUCGAGGGCUUUGGUACUGUGGUGAAUGCUCUGGGCAUGCGCAUCAAGCCAUACCUUACCCAGAUUGUGUCCACGAUUCUCUGGAGGCUCAACAACAAGAGUGCAAAGACUCGUCAGCAGGCUGCCGACUUGACUACGAAGCUCGCCGUGGUCAUCAAGCAGUGUGGGGAGGAUGCCCUUCUGAGCAAGCUCGGAGUGGUUCUGUUCGAGCAAUUGGGUGAAGAGUUCCCUGAAUCUCUGGCCAGCAUCAUCUCUGCCGAGGGAGCCAUUGCCGGUGUGGUGGGAAUGACCCAGAUGAAUCCCCCGAUCAAGGAUCUUCUCCCUCGCCUCACACCGAUUCUGCGCAACAGGCACGAAAAGGUGCAAGAGGCUUGCAUCAACCUGAUUGGACGUAUCGCAGAUCGAGGUGCAGAAUUUGUUAGCCCAAGAGAGUGGAUGAGGAUCUGCUUUGAGCUUCUAGACCUGCUAAAGGCACACAAGAAGGCGAUUCGACGAGCAGCAGUCAACACAUUUGGCUAUCUAGCCCGUGCCAUUGGCCCUCAGGAUGUUCUGCAGGUUCUCCUGACCAAUCUCAAGAUUCAGGAGCGUCAAUCGCGAGUCUGCUCGACGGUAGCCAUUGCGAUUGUGGCGGAGACGUGUGGUCCCUUUACCACCAUUCCUGCCAUCCUAGCAGAGUACCGCACGCCUGAGCUCAACGUACAAAAUGGCUGUCUCAAGUCCUUGUCCUUUCUGACGCAAUACGUCGGCGAGAUGAGCAAAGACUACGUCCCUGCUCUGGUGACUGUGCUGGAGAAUGCUCUCAUCGAGCGAGAUGCAGUGCAUCGUCAAACCGCCGCUGCAGUCGUGCAGCACGUCGCCCUAGGCGUCGUCGGGUUAGGUCAGGAAGACUGUCUUCUUCAUCUCCUCAACUUGAUCUGGCCCAACAUCUUCGAGCAAAGCCCUCACGUGAUCAACAACGUCUUUGACGCAAUCGAAGCCAUGCGAGUCGCCCUCGGUCCUGGAAUCCUACUCAACUACAGUCUUCAAGGUCUAUUCCAUGCUGCGAGAAAAGUGAGGGAACCCUUUUGCAGGGUAUACAAUACAAAUUAUGUUGGAGCUCAGGAUAGUCUGGUACCAUUUUACCCGGACAUGGCAGAUUUUGAUGAUGAGGUGAGAAGGUAUAGGAGAAAUGACCUCUAUGCCUUCUUGUAGACAGACAUUAGUGGACUGGGACCCCUUUCUUGCCCUCCCCCUACGAAAUAUGUUUACUUGUACUUGCCAUUGUACCUUUUCUCUUGUGGUGCUGUAGAUGUGCCUUUUGACUGACUUUGUGCUGCUU